AUGAAUGCAACACUGCGAAACCACUACGGCAAGUAUGUGAGCCAUAUUCCCGAUGGGCUUCGCGAACUCUGCGCGGAUAUAUCUCGGGAGGUUAUACGAUCGCAACCCGACGAUGUUUACUGUUUUAUUGCCGAUUACUUGGAUACUUUGUUUAUCACCCGUGAGAACGCUAAAGUUGCCGUACAAAUUGUGCAAAGCGUGACAAAUAAGAGCGAGCAUAUAGUGGAGAUCUUAGUGGGAACUGGCUUGAGAUUGGAGGAAAUCGCCGCAGUUGCACCGCGUCUACAGAAAGCGUUCAAGGUCUAUUUAAAUGCCAACGACGAACAGGAGACGGGAUGUGGCUGUGACGAUGAUAUCUUAGGUGGCAACGGAAAAGACAUAUCACUUUGCGAAAUUUUGUUAACGACUGGAGCGAGUUACCGAGAUGCACAACUAGCUGCUAGUAAAAUUCAAGCCUUAUUCCGAAGAUACCGCGAGCAAACGUUGCUCGCCGAGAGCCGAGGCGAAGUUCAAUGGCAACGCGCCGCUGCUAAGACCGUGGACUUGUUGCGGAAGUCGGGGCUUACGCGAGUUCAAGCGUCGUACGCCGCUACAACUAUUCAAGCCGCUUACAGAGGAUACUACACGAGGAAAAAUUUGAGGAUCGGUCGAGGUCAGCGUUGGCUACGGCGGAAAUACUUUCUCGUAUUAAAAACACCAAGAGAUAAUUAACUUUUCUAUGCAGCUCGGGAUGGAAAGGGACCGAAAGGGAUUGUCGAUAUGUGUGCCUGGUACCGCCAGAUGAUUGAAGAAUCCGGUAUCACUUCUGAACGGGCAAAUCGAGCAGCGAUUGUCAUUCAGACUGCCUAUAGGAAACAUCUAAAGAGGAAAUCAAGGGACCAGAGGUCGGUUUCAUUAGAAAUUUCGAAAGAGACACUCGAACCGUCAGAACGAAGUGAAGAUGCCACUUCCGAAGGUUCAGAAGACCAUGAAAGCUCUGUGAAAUCUCAUUCGGAGAUGGCACGUACUGAAGACGAGCUCGAUGACGACGCAAAACUAGCUACCGAAGCGACUGAAGAACAAGCGCAGGUGCAAGAGGUAAUCGAUGCAGGAGCAAAGCCGCUCUUCGACACCAGCGAUGCUGUGCCGAUCGAAGACGUUGACCAAGUUGCUGAUGAAGUUGAGGAUCAGUCGGCCAAAGAGCCCGAGGGAGAGGAAAAUACGGACGGCGAUGAACAAGACAAAGAGCACGACGAAGUCGAAGAAAACGAAGAGGAACCCGUGGUGGAAGCGAAAAACGAAGAUGCCGAAGAAUAAAAAGCUUUCUGUAUAUGUUUUUGUGGGAUAAAAAGAGCACGCGGCUAAUUUACAAAACGGUCAUAAAAAACCUUUAUAUCAAAAGAAUAUGGUGGUACAUGUAGAGUCGCUAUAUAUCGAUACUAAAACAAAAGCAAAGUAAAAAAACAAAUCUCGAAAAAGCCUGCUCAAUAAUACGAAUAUCUGCUGGAUAUUCUCUUGCAAGCCGUCUUCCCCUUAGCUCUCCGCGUUUCGACGUCGCGGCUUGGAUCCUUUUUGGCGUACUGCUCCUGCAGAAUCGACAGCGAGUCCUUGUGCGCCAACGUCGCCGAGGCAUCUUCGUUGUCGUCAUUGUCGUCGUUAUAGUCGUUGUCGUCGUCGUUGUCGUUGUCGUUGUCGUCGUCGUUGUCGUUGUUGUCGUUGUCGUUGUCGUUGUCGUCGUCGUCGUCGUCGCCGCCACCGCCGCCGCCGCCGCCGUCGUAGUCUUCGUAACGCUUUUGCGUGAAAAUGCCGGAGUCGCGCGAGCACGUGACCGACGGGCUGCUGGAGAGACGUUUCCCGUUACAAACCGAGCAGCGUUUCUUCUUUGAGCGCCGACGCCUGCAGCUGGGACACGCUUCGCGCGCGAUCGCUGUGCAAUCUUGCCUGCGACGGGAGUGGAGAGUCAUCGGAAUUAAUUUUCGCGCGAUUUCACGAGCGUUUCGACAUCACACCCACCAAGUCAAGCAGCACCGAGCGCAGCAGCAGUAGCACGUCCGACAGCAGCUGCAGUGCCGGCGAUAAUGCUGACAGUGAGCGCAAUGCUCGUGCCACUGACAGCUGCUGCUGCUGCUGCUGCUCGAGUACAACUCAAAUCGCUGGUCCUCGCAGACGUGGCCCGAGUGUCGGUGCGAGCUCUUCUUGCACCUGUGCAACUGUCGCUUUCGGCGCGCGGCUGUCUCUUCGUAUCCGCGCGUCGGCGUUUCGACGACCUCCAUGUCUGCUGGAAAAUUGGCGAUCUCGUUGACCCGCGGUACGUCGCUCGAGAGCUCGCUUAUCGUCGGCAUUACCGCAAUUGUCCCAGCGAUUGCAUUCGUGGUUCCAGAUCAGGCCGAUGCUUCGACGAGUCUCGCGAUACGCGUAAUUCGCAGGCUCCGGUUUUGCCGGCGAUCCACUGUGCAAAG